UAUUCUUUUUCAAGAAACAGCACAAUCCAAAGAACUAGUAGGCUUGACGAAAUGCAUGCUGUCACACCAAUCUUUUUUCUCAUAGAAUCCUAUAAUUUAUAGACCAAGUUUUCAAUCAGAAACUAAUCAGCUGUGUUGCAACAAAUAUGAGGUUCAACUUUAGAAGGAAACGACAAUUUGCUAAAAAGACACAGGGAACUGUGAGGCUGGGAGAGCAGUAUUACAGAGAUGCAAUGGAGCAGUGUCAUAGCUACAACGCUCGUUUGUGUGCUGAGCGCAGCAUCCUCAUGCCUUUCCUGGACUCUCAGACUGGUGUGGCGCAGUCCAACUGUUACAUCUGGAUGGAGAAGAGACACCGAAGUCCAGGUGCAGCUCCCGGGCAGUUGUACACGUACCCAGCUCGCCGCUGGAGAAAGAAACGGCGAUCUCAUCCACCCGAAGAUCCCCGGUUGGCAUUCCCACCUCUCAAAGCAGUAGAUCUGGAUCUGGGUCUGAAGCGUGAUGCUUUGGGGCCUGUAGAUGGCAGCAGUUUAGAAGCCCUGUUGAAAGGGGAGCCCGUCGACAGGAGGAGUGGUGUUCCCGACCUCCGUGGUCCAGAAGAUGACACACCCAGUGUGGAACCUUCUGCCACAUCCACUACCACUCACACAUCAUCUGGGCGCAUACGCAAGAGAGUCCUGGAUCAUGAUGAUUACCUGGAUGACCUGGAUGAUGAAGACUUUGAGGAUGAGACCCCCAAGAGACGAGGCAAGAGCAAGUCUAAGGGUCGCAGUGACAAGAACGGGAAGAAGAAAACAGAGGCUGCAGCUGCAGCAUUGGAGGAGAGAGACAAGCCCUAUGCCUGUGACAUCUGUGGGAAGCGCUACAAGAACCGUCCUGGCCUGAGCUACCACUAUACACACUCUCACCUGGCCGAGGAGGAGGGCGAGGACCGCGAGGAGAUCGAGGCACCACCCACUCCUCGGCAGCCUGAGGAGCAGAAGACUUCUAAGAAAGGUCCCAACGGACUGGCGAUGCCUAAUGAUUACUGUGACUUCUGUCUGGGAGAUUCCACUCUAAACCAGAAGACUGGCCAAUCUGAGGAGCUGGUAUCGUGCUCAGACUGUGGACGCUCAGGCCACCCCACGUGCCUGCAGUUCACUCCUGUGAUGAUGGCAGCAGUGAAGACCUACCGUUGGCAGUGCAUUGAGUGCAAGUGCUGCAAUGUUUGUGGGACAUCAGAGAAUGAUGACCAGCUGCUGUUCUGCGAUGACUGUGACAGAGGCUACCACAUGUACUGUCUAACUCCACCCAUGACUGAACCUCCUGAAGGGAGCUGGAGCUGCCAUCUGUGUCUUGCUCUGCUUAAAGAAAAGGCCUCCAUAUACCAGCAGAACCAGAGCUCCGCCCCAGAGUGACAUCACAACUGCAGGUCAGAUACUCUCAGUAACAGGACCCCACACCCUCAAAAUCAACAAUAUCCACCUUGGCCUCAAUUUUAAAACUCUGAGCUGUGUAAAACUGCAGUUGACACAGAUCGCAGAUCAGAAGAUUCAGAAAUCUUUACAUAAACAGUGGUAAACGGGGGGGGACUCAGAACCACAACAGACCUCAGAUCAGUCAAGAUGGGGAUCAAAGCGUCACCACCAUUUUGCCUACAAAGUCCCUUCAGCUUGGCCUCAAACACACACACACACGGGAUACAGAGAACAUGGAGUUACCAUAGUAACUGCUGUCUCCAUGGUAGCUCUGAGGAGCAAACAGAUUAGCAUCUCGCACUAAUGAUCUGCACACUGACAGAGUGUGGACGGUACAGAGAAACAGAUUUUUCUUUUCUGCCAAAUGAUCUAUUUUUGUUCCCUGAAUGUUCAGGGAGAAAAAAAGUCACCACGUGUUGUCAAGGAAAAUUAUUAAUACAGUUAUUGUCACAAUUAUUGUUAAUAUUGUGUUUGUUCUCGUGGACUUUUGUAGUGGCAUUUGUCUGUGGACUUUAGUCUGAUCUGUUGCAUUGGUUAUCUUUGAAGAGUUUUCCUUCUGUGGACUCAGUCAGUGCCAAGGUUUAUUAACAUAAUUUAUCCUGUGAAAAUCUUUCCCAACCCUUUCUGUUAAAAUGUUUAAUCUGCAGAAAAGUAAUCUACAGCUAGUUUUAUCUAUGAAAAAUUGGGCAUUUACAAUGGUUAUGAAAUGGGAGUUUCCUAAAAACAAGUUCAAAAGAACUUACCAUUCGAAGACAUUGGCUGGAUAUAUGGCUAGUUAUUCUAGGAUGUCAUCUUUCUGUAAUCCUGUUUUGUUUUUUAUGCUAUGGCUAACAAACAAACAGACGCUCCUCUUGUGCAGACAUCAAGACGUUAAAUGUCAGUGAACAAAACUAACUAGAAAAUGAGUUCAAAUAGAGCUGAAAUAUCCCACUUUGUGGACACUUUGGUCUCAUGUCCGUCCUAACAGAAGGAUUGCUGACUUGCAUACCAACAGAAGAACAACAUCCUAAUCGUCUUUUACAUAGUUAUACUAAAUUUGGAGCACCCUCUGUUAAUACUUGGUCUUGGGUGAACUAGAAACAUUUUGACUUUCACUCUUUUGUCAAAUAUUAAACAUGGAGUGAAACCUAACAGCCCUAAUACAAAAAGGUCACAGGCUACGUCAUUUAUGUAUCUGAGCAUGUGCUGUAGGUUAGACCAGGAAGAUAAUCACAUCCAAAAUAAUGUCAUCUUCUAAUGUUAUUUAACCAUCAGUGCUUUCAUGCUCUUAUUUUGGAAACCGGAUGAUAUUAAAACGGAAACACAUAACUUCCUCCUUUACACAAACAGUAGUUAGCAGGCAGUAGCUGCUUGUAUCACUGGUCACGCGGAGUCAGACUUGCAUGCAGACUGAAUCUGUAUGAAUGCACACACAUACUCACAUCACACACGUCAUUGUCUUAUCCUUUGUAAUUUUUUUUUUACAUUUUCUAUUACGUGAUAAUCCAUUGGUAUUGGGAGUUUUUCUAGUAGAGUUUUGUAAAGUCUAUGCUAUCGCAGACACCAAGUAUAUAUAGCUCCGGAUGCAUUCUACGUACUGUAUUGCCUUUUUCUAUUUUUGUUAUGAUGUGACAUGUUUGGAUUUAUUUUAUUAUUCUUAUAUGUCAGACUUGCAUUAUAAGUAUUUGUACGAUGAUGUACUUUGUUGUACUAUUUUUAUUUUUACAUUUAUUUGGUAUCAAAGCAAAUUUAGCCUGACUGAAAUAAAAUCACUUUGAAA